AUGUUAAAAAUAAAUUUUUCCAAUUAUACUUUCAUAUUGCUUGAUGAAACCAAUAUAUUAUUGGAUAUUUUACAAAUAUCAAUACCAGUAAAAGAAUAUUAUAAGAUGUUAGAAGCCAAAAGAUAUGGAACAGAUCUGUUAUUAGAUGAACUGGAUGUAAAGUUAAGUAUAGUUAAGAAUAUUUAG